CUUCAUGGCAAAAAUGUCUCCAUCUGAUUUUGACAGUUGACGUUUAAGAUCUCAUCUAAUGUAAGCUAUAUAGCAUUUCUCAAGCCCAUAUAAAUAUAUGUAAAUAAUUUUUAAUCACGGAAAGAGUAAUGUAUUCUAGUAUAAAAACUGGAAUGGCUGAAAAAGACGGAUCUUCGAUGAAACGAACUUCCGAAGCUACUGACGAGGUUACAAAAGAAAAGGAGGCCGAUAUCAGUCGUUAUUUUGAAAGUGCAUCCCGCACGAUCUUUGAUGAGAUUGUUCCGUCUAAGAAAGAUGAUUUUUUCGCAAUGCAAAGAGGUUCUGGGAGCAGAAUUCCGGAUUUCGAACUAAUGGCCGACCGUUCGACCGAGUUCUUAAAAAGCAAUACAUUGCUUGACAACGAGCGACUCGAUCACAGUGCGAUUAAUGAUACACACAGGGAUGUGUGGAUUCCAUCUGAGCAAACACGGAAAGUUUUACGUAGUAUUGCCACAUCAACCACUGGGACUAGUUCUCUUGAUAGAGAGAACCUAACAAUGCCAGGGCUGGCAGUGCAGGGUGAAAUGCCUGAUUUAAUAAAGAGUACUGCAAUUCACUUGCUAGGAGAAGAUGAGAAUAUUCACAGAAAUGUACUUACUGCUUCAGAUGUAACGCAAGAUGAGCGUGGCUUAAGAAACUUAAUACAAGCUGGCUGUUACAAAGCAGCGAUAAAUUUGUCAGGAAAACUUUUAGCAGUGUAUGCUCAGGGUUAUGGCAAGAUAAAUCAACCUAGCAAACACACUCCACAUUCUCUGCAAUUAUGGUACACAAGGCUAGCUUUAUUGACAAAACUCAGACAAAUAGACAUUUUGGAGAAUGAAGCAAAACCAUUUGGUAACCUAGAUAAGCCUGAUAUGUACUUUACAUUUUAUCCUGAUUUAUAUGGUACCAGGCCAGGUUCUAUGGCCUCCUUUUCCUUUAGAUUACUUUUAGCAGAAAUACCAUUGUAUUGUGGCAAACCAAAGCAAGCAUUAGAUAAUUUAUAUAAAGUUUUAGCUACUGUGAAUCAGAUUAUAGCAAAUUUUAAUGCUGGGUUCAGUGGAGACGGAUCUCGUGUUACAGUCAGUGCAGUAGAGCAAGAGGAUGCUGUACGAUUGUGGAAAGGCAGGAGAUCUAGGGUCCUAAUAUCUAUCACUAACUGUGCAGUUACCAUGAAGAAUUAUGUGCUGGCUAUAAAUAUUUUAGAAAAACUAUGCGAUUCUCCAGUCUGGUCCCUUGAACAAUUAGAUACAUUGCAAUCCAGCAUUGGAAGGCUGCACCUGUUUUUGGGAGACGUUUCAGCUGCAGAAAAACUACUUACCAAAGGACACAAGCGAGACAGUGAGUUAACUGUUAGAGAGUGGAUGGAUAGAGGAUUAAUGGCUGUAGCAUAUAACAUGUUUGAAGAAGCAUACAAAUGCUUCGAAGCGGCAGCCGCAUUGGAGCCUUCGAAUAUUGCAUCAACUAAUAAUAUGGCUGUUUGUCUUUUAUACAUGGGACAGUUGAAAGAUGCGGUGCAUUUAUAUGAAAGUGCAAUUACAAAGAAUCCUGUAAAGAGUUUGCAAGAGCCUAUACUAUUAAAUAUAUGCAGUGCAUACGAAUUGCACACAACUCACUGUGAACAACCCAAAUUGCAUCUGUUGAGUCAACUGAAUAGGUAUAAAGGAGAUGCUGUAGAUAUACAGUGUCUGAAACUCGCUUUGUAAAGUUAAUACUAAUCUUAAAUGGAAACUAUUUUAUUCGUCCAUGUAUAGUAUGUAAUAAGAGA